GCUCGCCAUGGCCUGGACCCGUCUCCUCCUGGGCCUCCUGGCUCUCUGCGCAGGUUCCGUGGUCUCCUAUGAGCUGACCCAGCCACCGUCGGCUUCAGUGGCCCUGGGCGGCACGGUCACAAUCACCUGUCAGGGCGACAAACUUGGAAGUUAUUAUGCUCACUGGUACCAGCAGAAGCCGGGCCAGGCCCCGGUGCUGGUCAUCUACAACGAUAAGGAGCGGCCCUCGGGGAUCCCUGAGCGGUUCUCUGGCUCCAGCUCGGGGAAAACGGCCACCCUGACCAUCAGCGGGGUCCAGGCCGAGGACGAGGCCGACUACUACUGUCUGUCAUCUGAGAGUGAUUACGAUCCCACAGUGACACACGCUGAUGGGGAAAGCCCCUGGCAGGACAGGAAGGAAGUGCAUUUGCAUCGCCCCAAGGAUAAGAGGGGCCCAGGGCCCUACCGGCUGCGCCUCAGGCACAUCUGGGACAGCACCAUGGCCCGGGCCCCUCUCCUGCUGCCCCUCGUCCUGCUCUGCUCAGGUACAGGCUGGAAGGUCGCCACAGUCUCAGCGUCCAGGUGCCUGCGGGCCAAACCCCUGGGGGACACGCAAGGCCUCGAGGCCGACGAGCCCCACCGCACCCCUGAGACCCAGCGAAGUCGGGGACGUCACCCUGAGGUCAGAGCUCCCGGUGUGGCUCAGCAGGUCGCGUAUGGGGGCAGGGAGACCGGGGGGCUCCAAUUCCUGAACGAGAGCGGCAGAGACUUCGAUGUCCAGCGCAAGACGCUGACCUCAGCAACCAUGCAAAUCCGUCUCUGUGCUGAGCGAGCAAGUGUCCAGCACGCCGUGAGCGAGGACGUCCAGGGCGUGCAUGCCUGGCUCACCGUGGUCGGCUGGGGCAGGAGCCGCCUGCGUCUCUGUGGCAGGAAGGACUGGAAAUACCUGGCCCUCGGGUGGAGGUGA